AUGGCUUCGUUGGUGAUUUCGUCUUCUCCGUUCCGACUCCGUCCUCCACCUCUUCGGCUUCGACUCUGUCUUCAAUCUCCUCGGCUCCGACUCUGUCCUCCGUCUACUUUGUAUCGACUCUGUCCUCCGUCUACUAUAUUGCAACUCAGUCCUCCAUCGCAACUCAGUCCUCCCUCUCCUCCGUCGCAACUCAGUCUUCCGUCUCCUCCGCCGCAACUCCAUCCUCCUUCGAUUCUGCAGCCGUGUACGCCUCCUCCUGUGCCGCUUGAAGCUCGCUCACCACCAGAACCACCAGAUCCUCCUGAUGCACUUUUCUAUGCAGUCCCUUUACUGCUUUAUGCAGUUCUACCUUUGUGGCUCAAGUCCUUCUAUGCUCAGCUAUGGCAGCUUAAUGGACUGAUGCGUCACAUAUCCAUUCAUCAUGUAAACUGGGUCUUGUUGAACGUUUACUGUCCGGUUUCCUCCUUUAAGAAGUUUGUUCUUCUCCCAAUUUCAUCAUCUACUUUAUGUGAUUUUGGUGCAGGGAAUGUAUUGUUGAAGAUUAGAGAUACUUCUAACACUGAAGUUCUAAUCGAAGGCUUUGUAGCCAUGUUGAAGAUUGUUGAUUGUGCACUUGUUGCUGCUUCAAUCUCGAGAGUUAUAUCACUGAAUGUGGUUUUUAGUUUCCAAGGCUUCGUCUCACUUUACAGCUUGAUGGUCGUUGAGAUUAGAGGACUUCUCGACGUCAUUAGUUGUUUAAGCUUUUUGUAUGCCCAUAUCCUUCUGUGUUGUAUUUGUUUCCUAGUAACAGCUGUUUGUUUAACCUGGAUGGCUUUGUUUGCUUGUUCUAUGUACACUUUCUCCAGUUAUGGAGAGUAA